AUGGCCGAGCACUGCUUGCCGAAGGCAUCUGAUUUCUAUUCAGAUGAAACUCGUGAUGAAACUAAUAUAACCAUUCAACCAUGCACUUCGUCUGAUGCAUCUAAAGUCCUAAUCGAGAAUGUUAAAAGCGAUUCUGAAGAUUCGAGGAAUACAAAUCAGCAAACAUCCGAAGCGAUAGAAGUUGAUCCUAAACUAGACGUGACUUCUGAAAAGGUUAACUGGGACCUAUGUGUGUCACAGCGUCAACUAACUCUCCCAAAACCAAAUGCAAUCUUGAGGGUCAAUAUCACAGAUAUUGACGAGGAAACUGAAUUAUUUUCCGAGUCUUUAACGAAAGAAGUUGAGAAAGAAAAAGCCGCAGAGUUUUCAACUACGAAGAUUGACAAAGAUCGGAAGAAGAAACAAGCUGACCUGAGAGACUCGAAACGCGAUGAGAGGAAGACUAAGUUUGAAAGUUACAAUCUUCUCACUUCAAAUGUGAACAGAAAAGGUCCGCAAUCUCUCUUGAGCAAAGCAUUGAAGUCACAUCGCAAGGUUGCAGUUGUGACCAGGUCUUUCAAAGGCAUUCGAGGAAUUUGUGUCGGAUUCGUUUUGGCUUUUGAUCGUUACUGCAAUGUAUGUCUUAUUGAUGUUUGUGAAAUUUGGCGAAUACCAUUGUAUGGAGGUGCUUUUUUCAAAGAAGAACCUCUUGGUGUUUCGCAGUUGCGUGAUUUGUUUUUAACUUCACAAAAAUCAACAACAGUAACUGUGCUACCGCGUAGACUGCAGAAGCGAAACGUUUCUCAAAUGUUUGUGAAUGGUUCUAGUAUAGUCUUGGUAACUUUCCUUGAGCCUGUUCUAAAUCUUGAACGAUGA